AUGGACAAGGUCACGUUGCUGCAGCAAUGCGUGGACCAAAUGACGCUCGACAUGUUCAACGCCCUUCGCCUGCUUCCACCGCUCGAUGCAAAGGACGAGUCGAAUGCAGAAGUUGUUGCGGAGCAACUGGAACGAAUAAAGGGGCUGGCCAAGGAUCUGCUCCUGAGCGCCAAGCGCACGAACGAAGUGAUCGAUUCGCUUCCGGGCCUGGACAAGACGGAAGCGGACCAACUGGAGGAACUCCGCCUGCUCCAACUUGAAAGCGACGAAGAGGCACGGAAUCUCCUUGACGCAGAAACGGAAGCGUUGCAAUGGAGUGCCCGAGCACGCGAAUCGCUCCGAGUGGUGUGCGACACCCGCCUGAAAAGGCGUCCGACCAUCAACACAUCUAGUGGCUCCACUGCCAACGUGGUCUCCUCUUCGAUCCAAACCACGACGCCCAUCUCUACCGAUCUGUGA